UCUUUCUCCUCUGCUUUCCUUACUUCUCUCCCUAAACUUUGCUUCUUUCCGCUGUCUGCGCCCCAACUCUCUAUUUGCCACCCCGAUCCCGCUGUCGUCCUCACCCGUUCCCAUCUUACUUCGCCCACCCUCCCCUCCGGUCCAAUAAAUCACCCCUAUCCUUCAGCUGCCCUUACUGUGCUUGUAUCAGGCUUGUCUGUUCCGCCUGAUCUUGUUUCACUCCUCGCCCUAUCGGUGGGAAUUUGCAAUCUUAUCGAUUCCGAUGUCAUUCCUUCCUUAAUUAGCCUCCAAUGCCGACUCCGAGUGAUAACACCCCGCCCUUGAAUGCUUCAAUUGCAGAAGAAAUCUCCGCUCGCUCUACCUGUCCACCGGAGGUUGAUAGAGAGAGUCUACAUACCAGAGAAGAAAGGCCGUAUCCCUGGGUGUCCGCGUGGGAGAGGAGAAACACCAGCGAUGAUGCUCCCGACAACACCACCUCGCCAACCGGUCCAUCAAACCAUACCGCCUUAACACCAUCAGAUGGAACUUCCUUCACUUCUGCCGAUGCGGACCCCGUGACGGGCGAGCCAGUGACCAGAGCGCCCACGAAGGGCGUGGGGAGAUCGGAAGACGAACCUGCUGCGGGGAGACUGAGCCCUGCUGCGGAGUCAUCAUGCCCCUCCGGUCCGGUAUCUCCAGUCACCCCUUCAUCGGCUACUUCUCUGCUAAGUUAUGAAUUUUCUAACAUUCGGCUUUUACCCAAUUAUUCGUCGUCGUUUCUGCGACCGGGAAGUAGAUUUACUGGUACACAGCAGUCAGACAGCCAUGUCUACAGCGUUGAUGUGGAGAUUAAGCACGUUGAUAUGCUUGAAUCUUAUCUUUGUGGAUACCUCCGCAUACAAGGUCUUACCGAGGAUCACCCUACUUUAACAACGUUCUUUGAAGGCGAGAUCAUUGGGACCAAGCACACAUUCAAAACUAGAAAUGAAGCGUGGGGCGCGACCGAAAAGACUGACAUGCAACACUGGGGAAGGUUUCAAGCUUGGCGAUCGCAGGCGAAACAGGCGAAGAGACCGGAUUUCACAUUUCGAAAUUUUGCCCAGCGUGAGCACCUUUUUAUGCGUUGGAAGGAGUACUUCCUCGUUCCCGAUCAUCGCGUGAGGUCAAUCUCCGGAGCUAGCUUCGAAGGCUUCUAUUACAUCUGCUUCAAUCAGGUGGAGGGAACGGUUGCUGGGAUCUAUUUUCACGCCAAGAGCGAAAAGUAUCAACAACUCGAGCUCAGACAUGUCAAAGACUAUGGUUGUGCGCCAGCCAUGGAGUUUCGUUGAUCUUCUUGCGGGCUUGUCCAGUGGUCGGUUCGACCACUGCAAAAGGAAUUCAUUUAUCAUCACCUACGGUUUCGCAUGCUUCUACAAUUAAUGGCUAUUACAUGGUUACGUUCACUUCUGAGCCUCCCAGCCGCGAUGGCUGA